CACGCCUGCCCUGCUCACUGUGGAGGAAAACGCAGUUGAAUGUUUUGCUGCCAGAACUGCUGCUAAAGAAUAGUAUUUGCCCUGUUAAUACUCCACACAUAGCAGCUUUCUAUUAUUGACCCAAUUCCUAAAUCUUUACUGAAACCAUGGGAGGACAAGCAAAAGGCAAAAAGAGGAACAAGCCCAAAAAGAGCCGUUCAAAUGGAGUCGGAGCUGGUCUAGUUGCCUUGACGGCUCAGGAGCGCAUGCAAGUCAAGAUGCACGAAAAGGCAAAAAAGAAAACUUCAGAAAAGUAUUCAGUUGAACAGUUGCUGGAAAAGACAGAGGAAAGCAUGGACAACUUCGACUUUAAAAUGGCCCGCAUGUUUUGCCAACGGGCCCUGGACAUCGAGCCUACCAACCUGGAAGUCCUGGAUAUGAUGGGCAAUAUUCAUGCGGAGAUGGGCGAGGUGGACAAGGCCAAGCAAGUGUUUCUGCGGGCGGUGGAGCUGAGUCCAGAUGAGGGCCAUGGCAAGUACAUGUACCUGGGUCAAAUCCACACAGCUCAGGAGGCCAUCCAGUACUUCACCAAGGGCAUCGACAUCAUGAUCAGGGCCCUGCAGACACAGACUGCAAGCGCUGCUGUGGCUGAAGGGGCGGCAGCUAUGGCUUCGGAAGGCGGGCCUGCCGUGUGUGGGAAAGACGUGGCUGUAGCCUUCUGCUCCGUGGCUGAGAUCUACUUCACUGACCUCUGUAUGGAGGAGGGGGCAGCAGACAGGUGUAAGGAGGCCAUAGCCAAAGCUCUGGAGUACGACCCCCACAGCUCAGAGGCCCUGCAGCUAAUGGCCAGCUACCUCUUCAGCACGCAGAGCAUGGAGGAAGGAAAGGACUACUUAAAAAGGAGUGUGUCGUCAUGGUUACCCAGUUUGAAACCACAGACAGAGACGACAGCAACAGAAGAGGAGGAGGAAGAUUCCCAACAGAGUGGGCUGCCACCUUAUGAGUCAAGGAUCACCACAGCCAAGCUCCUAACUGAAGCCGAGGAGCCAGAGAUGGCGAUGGAGGUGCUGGAGGGCCUUUUGGAGGAGGACGACGAGGUGGUGCAGGUGUGGUAUCUGCUGGGUUGGGUGUGCUACCUUCAGCGAGACAAGCCAGAAGAAGCAGACAGCUUCAGAGAGUCAGCCGUGGCCUAUCUCACCAGGGCCAAGAAGCUGUAUGUAAAGCUUCGUUGUGAGGAUCCUGCCAUGCUGGAGCACGUUGAGCAGCUGCUGUCUGAGCUGAGGCCGGCCGGGGACGCUGCUGCUGCUGACGAUGACGAUGAUGAAGAUGGCCCUUCUAUUGAUGACAUUGGUGACGACUUCAUCCACAGUAGUGACGAGGACGAAGACGAGGACGCCAUGGAACAUUAGGAGGACCCUUUUUUUUUCAAACCCUUCAAUGCCAGUCUCAUCUGUAUUUUUUUGUAGAUCCAUCUUGCCCUCCCUCCCCUCUCUCUCUACAUUCCCUUUUCCCUUAGUCCCCCAUGCCAGGUCACAUGAUCUGAUUUUGGAUACACAUCACACUCCUCCUCUCCGUCUGUUCUUCCAUCCCUCCGCCCCUCCCUCCUCCUCUCCAUCCCCUCUUCCAUCCCUCCUCCCCUCUAUCUCUUCUUCCACUCCUCCCUCCUCUGCUAUUCUCCUCUUCAUUUCUCUCUUGUUCUCACUCUGCUGUUAGCCUCUGUCCUUAUCUCCACAGUGCAUGUAUGUGUCUCGGUGUCUGUGGGAAGGUGAUUCAUGUGCUCUAAAGUGCCUCCCCACUGUGUGUGUGAGAGAGAGAAAGAGUGUGUGCUCGUGUGUAUGCGUGUGUACGUGUGUGCGUGUGUGUGUGUCUCAGCUGGUACUCUCACGGGUCAAUCAAACAGCCAGACUAACAGAAGAGCGAAGGUGGCAAAGAAUUUCAAAGAAUACCAAAUCAGAAGGGUCGAGAGACGCACACACGCACACACACACACACAUACUCGCAUGCACACACGCACACGCACACACACACACACACACACACAGAACUCAUCCCAGAUUCCAUCAACACCUGGUGUUGCCAGGGACGCCUGUCGAUCUGUGAGAGUCCGACCGACCGGCAGAUCAGACUCGGCGCUGCUGUGGAAUAAAUAACAAACGGCCUUCGCUGUGUUAUUGCACCACCAGUGCACCGCCACUGAUGAAGUGUAGAAUCUGUGAGAGUCUUGCAGAAGUGAUGGUGAAAUGUGAAAGCUGAGAAUAGGAAAAGGCUGAUUAUAAUGCAUUUUAUUCACAAAAUACCAAGUGUCCUCAUUUUUUUGGAAUCUGGUUUGUAGCUUUGCCACCUAACAGCGGACAAGACUCCCCACCUUUUAAGAGUUUCUCAAACUGCAACAUUUCACAGCUCUCCUGCUGUACAGAGAUGAGCCAUGAUGACUGCAGCGUAAGUGCAGCUGAUGGACAGUUUGGGAUGGGGGGAGGGGAGGUGGGUGGGUGAUGGCAAAACAUUCAGAUGAAGUGUAACAUUUUUGAGAGUCUUGCAGUAGUCAUGGUGAAAUGUGGAAGUGGAGAAGUGGCUGAUUAUAAUGCAAAGUCAGUGUGUACAGAGACGGGCCAUGAUGUUUUUUUGAGACUGCAGAGUAAGUGUAACUGAUGGGCAGUUUGAGAUGGUGGGGGGGGGGGGUGUAUGUGAUGGCAAAACAUCCUUGCAUCAGCUGAACACCUUCAUAAUGCAACUGUCUCCUUGCGUGUGGGUCUGCCAUAACCUUCAAUAAUGGCAGGCUACGGCCAAAACUGACCCUAGAACAGUUCUCUGUACACCAGACUGUAAAAGUAAACUUUGUUUUAUAAGGCGAGGGGAAGUAUGUAUGUGUGUGUUUGUGUGUGUGAUGUUAUUUUCUUUUUAAUGUGUUUGUCAAAACCAAGAAACUGUUUUUGUGUGUGUAAUGUAUGCAUAUUGAGCUGAAAAAAAUAAUUAAAAUGUUUUCAGCUAAACCCAUCA